CCAAAUUUCAUUUCAGUUUGAAGAGACCAGAGAAAAAAUAUGACCAUCGUGAUUCUUCUGGUGAUUUCCUUUUUCGUAGCGAUUGCAACGGCGGAGACCUCUACUUACAUCAUCCACAUGGACUUAUCUGCCAAACCGUUGCCAUUUUCCGAUCAUCGGAGCUGGUUUUCCACAACUCUUACUUCAGUUAUAACCGAUAGAAAACCAAAGAUUAUCUACGCUUAUACCGAUUCGGUUCACGGGUUUAGCGCAGUUCUCACCAACCUCGAGCUCCAACGUCUUAAACACAAACCCGGGUAUGUCUCUUUCACCAAAGAUUUACCGGUUAAGCUUCAUACCACUUUCUCUCCGCAGUUUAUCGGUCUAAAUUCGACAUCCGGUAUAUGGCCGGUCUCGAAUUAUGGAGUUGGUACAGUAAUCGGUAUUAUAGAUACCGGAAUUUGGCCCGAUAGUCCCAGCUUUCACGACGAUGGGGUUGGUUCGGUUCCGUCUAAAUGGAAAGGAGCAUGUGAAUUCAAUCCUUCUUCCUUGUGCAACAAGAAACUAAUUGGUGCUAGAGUAUUCAACAAGGGUUUGUUUGCCAACAACCCUGAUUUGAGAGGAACCAAGAUUGCUCAAUACUCUUCACCGUACGAUACAAUCGGACACGGCACUCAUGUUGCGGCCAUUGCAGCUGGUAAUCACGUUAAGAACGCGUCUUACUUCUCUUACGCCCAAGGAACCGCCUCAGGAAUCGCACCGCACGCGCAUAUAGCGAUCUACAAAGCCGCUUGGGAAGAAGGGAUUUACUCAUCAGAUGUAAUCGCAGCGAUUGAUCAAGCGAUUCGAGAUGGAGUUGAUGUGAUAUCUCUGUCACUAGGAUUGAGCUUUGAGGAUGAUGACGACAGCGAUGGUUUCGGUCUAGAAAAUGAUCCAAUCGCAGUGGCAGCGUUUGCAGCAAUUCAAAAAGGUGUGUUUGUUGUUGCUUCCGGCGGUAACGACGGGCCGUAUUAUUGGAGUUUAAUUAACGGAGCGCCAUGGAUUAUGACGGUUGGAGCGGGAACAAUUGGUCGGCAAUUUCAAGGAACCCUAACGUUUGGAAACAGAGUUAGUUUCACUUUUCCAUCUCUGUUUCCCGGAGAUUUUCCUUCGGUUCAGUUUCCAGUAACUUACAUCGAAUCUGGCAGCGUCGAAAACAAGACUCUAGCGAACAGAAUUGUUGUCUGUAAUGAAAACGUAAACAUCGGAAGUAAACUUCAUCAACUCAAAUCCACCGGAGCUGCAGCAGUUGUUUUAAUAACAGAUAAGUUACUUGAGGAACAAGACACUAUAAAAUUCCAGUUUCCGGUAGCAUUCAUCAGCUCAAGACACCGAGAAACUAUUGAAAGCUACGCAUCAAGCAACGAAAACAACGUGACGGCAAAGCUGGAGUUUCGGAAAACAGUAAUCGGGACAAAACCAGCACCAGAAGUAGGCACAUACAGCUCGAGAGGUCCAUACACAAGCUUCCCACAAAUCCUCAAACCGGAUAUUCUAGCUCCUGGCACGCUGAUACUCUCCGCUUGGCCACCGGUUAAACCAGUCUCGGGAACUCGAGCAAGGCCGUUAUUCAGCGGAUUCAAUCUCUUAACCGGGACAUCAAUGGCUGCACCUCAUGUAGCUGGAGUUGCCGCGCUUAUUAAGCAAGUCCAUCCAAAUUGGAGUCCAUCGGCUAUAAAAUCUGCAAUUAUGACAACGGCUUUGACUUUAGACAACCCUUUAGCCGUUGGAGCAGGACAUGUGAGUACGAACAGAGUCUUGAACCCUGGCCUAAUCUAUGAUACAACUCCACAAGAUUUCAUAAACUUCCUUUGUCACGAGGCAAAACAAUCAAGAAAACUGAUCAAUAUCAUCACAAGAUCGAAUCUUUCGGACGCGUGUAAAAAACCAUCUCCAUAUCUCAAUUACCCUUCAAUCAUUGCCUACUUCACGUCCGAUCAAAACGAUCCCAAGAUCUUUCAGAGGACAUUGACAAACGUGGGAGAAGCAAAGAGAAGCUACAGCGUGAGAGUGAGAGGCUUGAAGGGUCUAAACGUCGUCGUAGAACCAAAGAGACUAGUGUUCAGCGAGAAAAAACGAGAAGCUAAGUUACACUGUAAGAUUGGAGAGUCCGAGAGCGUUACAAGAGAACGUGGUUUAUGGAUUGGUGAGUUGGAUUGAUGAAGAUGAAGCUAACUUUGAAGUUAGUUGUUCUGUGGUGGCCACGAGCCUUGUCCAAGAGUCUUAAUCUUUACUUUACAAAAGAUUUUUUUUUUUGUUCUUUGGUUAAGAUUAUUCUCUAUUUUGUGUGAUUAUGUCUAAAUAUACGAUCUUUAUUCAC